UAUAACGGUUUGUUGGUCAAAAAUGGCGAUUUUGUGGAUCUGGCUAAAGACGCUUAUAUUCUGUACGGUCAUUAGGGAUGCCUUUAUUUAAUGAUUUUGCUUUUGGGUAAUGAAUUUUUGGUAAACGAAAUAUGUAUCUCGGCACUCUUAUUGCACUCUUCACAAAAUUGUUAAAAAUUGUUUGAGGUAUAUUUGUAAACAUUUUGAGAAAUACCCUGUGCUUGCAAGCUCCGCAAGAGGUAUUGUGUACGAAAAAAGAAACGGGCACACUGCAUCCACCAAAAUGAAAACAAUCGCUUUACUUAUCUGGAUAAUUUUGUUCCACACCGCCUCCAGUGACUGUGGCUGCCAGAAACUCGAUCGGAAGGCGACUACGAAUAAGGAGUCGCUUCCGGAACAAGUGUGUCAGCAAAGAACGCGGGGUGCGAAUAGUCACUACCGAGAUUACUAUGGAGAAAUGGAGCCGCAGGUGGAGCCGGAGAUUACGGACAUGUCUCUCAUUCCAGGCGGCACCGUGUACAUGGGCACCGACAAUCCACACUUCCCGGCCGAUAGGGAGUCGCCCGAGCGACAGGUCCGGCUGAAGGACUUCUAUCUGGACAAAUUCGAGGUGUCCAAUGACGCCUUCGCAAAAUUCGUGAUAGCCACCAACUACACCACAGAGGCCGAACGCUUUGGCGACAGCUUCCUGUUUAAGACCCUGCUGAGUCCCAUUGAGCAGAGGAACCUCGAGGAUUUCCGCGUGGCGAGCGCUGUUUGGUGGUACAAAGUUUCCGGGGUGAGCUGGAAGCACCCCAACGGCGCGGACAGCAACCUGCAUAAUCUGGGUCGCCAUCCGGUGGUGCACGUCUCGUGGCGCGAUGCAGUGGCUUACUGUACGUGGGCGGGGAAGCGUUUGCCCAGCGAGGCUGAGUGGGAGGCGGCCUGCCGCGGCGGCAAGGAGCGAAAACUGUUUCCCUGGGGCAACAAGUUGAUGCCCAGGAACGAACAUUGGCUGAACAUUUGGCAGGGCGACUUCCCCGAUGGCAACCUGGCCGAAGACGGCUUUGAGUACACUUGCCCAGUGGACGUCUUCCGGCAGAACGUAUACGACUUGCACAAUAUGGUGGGCAACGUAUGGGAGUGGACGGCAGAUCUAUGGGACGCAACCGACGUCAGUGAGAACGCGAAUCGGGUGAAAAAGGGCGGAUCCUUCCUGUGCCACAAGUCCUACUGCUACCGGUACAGGUGCGCGGCCCGCUCCCAAAACACAGAGGACAGCUCGGCCGGCAACCUGGGCUUUCGGUGCGCUAAGAAUGCGUGAACAAAGUUUUGUGAUGAUAACAUUAUUUUGGUACAUACAUUUAAGAAAAUAUAUAAGAAUAAGAAUUCCCAA